AUGGAAGAUAUUCUAGUCAACGGUGUAACUGAGAUCUUGAAACCGUUGAUCUCUCUAGUUUCUCAGCAGAUUACUCUUGCAUGGGGUGUAAAAUACGAUUUAAGAAAACUUAAGGAUACCUUAGAGUCAAUUCAAGCUCUAAUUAUUUCUGCGGAAGAAAAACAAGUUAAUGAUGCUGCUGUAAGACUUUGGUUGAGAAGGCUUAAAGACAUUGUUUAUGAUGUCGAUGAUGUUAUGGAUGAGUUCUCUUACGAAACCAUGCGUCCUCGUAAGCACAAGGUACGAGCUCUUGUCUCAUCCUCCAACCCACUUUUAUUCAAAUUCAAUAUGGCUCGUAAAAUUCGAGCCGUCAAUGAGAAGUUAGAGGAAAUUCACAAAAACAGUGACAGGUAUAUGUUGCGAAAUAUUAGUAAUGUCCAAGACAAUCAUACUACGGAGCAACGUAACCGAUUAACCUCGUCUGUUGUGGACGAUUCAAAACUUCUAGGGAGAGAUGGUGCAAAAUCAGACAUAAUAAAUAUAUUGAUCGGCAAGUCGUCGCCAUCAACAUCGUCAUUGGGGAUUUCUUCUCGACCAGACAACAUUUCCACUUUAUCCAUAGUGGGUAUGGGGGGAUUGGGUAAAACUACAGUAGCUCAAAUGGUCUAUAAGGAUGACUCCAUCUUGAGAAACUUUGAACUAAGAGCUUGGGUAUGUGUCACUGAUAACUUUGAUAUCUAUAAGAUCUUAAGAGACACCGCAGAGUCCAUUACUAGAAACAAAUAUGAAAAUCCAUCGAAUGUCGACGUACUAGCGAACCAAGUCAAGGAAAUGUUGAUUGGUAAAAAAUAUCUGCUGGUGCUCGACGACUUGUGGAAUGAGGAUGUCGGAGAUUGGGAAAAACUGAAGAGUUACCUUAUCCAUGGCGGCAUGGGAAGCAAAAUACUAGUCACUACACGCAGUCAAAAAGUUGCAUCUGUUGUUGGUGGUAAAUCUCAUGAUCUUGAAAAGUUAACAGAUGAUAUUUGUUGGUCCAUUAUAGAGGAAAAAAUACUAUGUCGAGGUGGUGCCGUACUGACAAAGAAAAUGAAAAAUAUUGGAAUUGAAAUAGCAAGGAAAUGUGAUGGCUUACCCCUAGCGGCCAACUCACUAGGAAGUUUAAUGUGCUCAAGAAAAGACGAAAGCUAUUGGUUGUCAAUCUUAAAUAACAUUAAUCAUUUGAGAGAGACGCCUGAACAUACAAGAAUAAUGUCGAUAUUAAAACUUAGCUUUGAUAAUUUAUCUUCCCCUCUAAAACGAUGUUUCUCAUACUGCUGUAUUUUUCCAAAAGACUGGGAAAUAAAUAGAGAAAUGUUAAUUCGAUUAUGGAUGGCAGAAGGAUUCCUUUUUCAAGCUAGUGGAGAAGAUGAUUUAUCUUUUGAAGAUACAGGAAAUCAAUAUUUUGAGUAUUUGGUGUGGAGUUCGUUCUUUCAGGAUGUGCAGAAGGAUGAAGAAAUGGGUAACAUCAGGACAUGUAAGAUGCAUGAUUUGGUGCAUGACCUUGCGAUGAGUGUUCAAGAUCCUAAUGAAUUUGGAAUCGCAAAGGUAGAAGAUGGCAAAGAAGAAAUUUCACAAGUUCGUCGUUUACAACUGCUAUUUGAUGGAGGACCUCGUUUGGCAUCUCCAAAUGUGUUAUUGAAUGCCAUGAAGUUGCGAACUCUUAUUGCUGUUGAACCAUAUAAUUUUUCGCAUAUCAAUUCUUUAUUUCGUUUGAAGCGUCUGCGAAUAUUAUGUCUAUUAGGUGGUGUCUGGCGUGCUUGCUCACUCUCUCGGGGUUUCGAGUUUCACCUCACUGUUCGCAAAGUAUGUUUUGCUUCUUCGAUUUCUAAUCUCAAGCAUCUGAGGUACCUUGACCUUUCAUACAUUGAUUUAUUUGGUGCAGCGUCAAUAAAUCAUUCUUAUAAUUUGCAAACACUUGUACUGCAUGGGUGUAGACACGUCCCCAGUUGGUUUCUUAGUGAAAUUGGGAAUUUUAAGUGUUUGUGGCAUCUUGAUAUCUCGUAUUCGGAUAUUAAAUAUAUACCUGAAAAUAUCGGGUCCUUAGAACAUCUAGGGUUCCUUGAUCUUUCAUACACACCAAUCUCAAGGUUACCAGACUCAAUCACUUGCAUCAGCAGUUUAAGGACACUAAAGUUCGAUUAUUGUUGGAACUUAGAUUCCUUACCUACAGAGCUAGGAGCACUGACACAAUUAAGGCGCCUUGAUUUGGAAGGUACUGGGAUAGAAGUAUUGCCUGAAUCAUGUAUUAAAAACCUCUGCAAUUUGGAGAUAGUGGAACUAAGAUCGUACUGCAAGCUUCCCAGAGAAAUUAAUAAUUGGCCAAAAUUAAGAAUUCUUACGCACUCUAGAGAUGCUGAUGUAAUGCCUAGAGGUAUAGAGAGCCUCACUUGCCUUAAAACAUUAGAGGAUUACAUGGUUAGGAAAGAAAAUGAGAUUGGCGAAAGUCCUAAUAAUAGUUGUGGUAGUGGCGUUGAAGAGAUGGCAGGCUUAAACUCCCUUGAGGUGUUAGGUAUAAGAAAUCUGGAGAAUGUGAGAGGUGCAAAAGAAGGCGCAGAAAGAGCAAAUUUAAAAGACAAGCAACACCUUGUACGUUUGGGUCUGUAUUGGGGUUCCACUGAUGAUGAUAGUAGAAGUGUGAAGGAUUGUAAGGUGCUGGACGGUCUCCAGCCUCACUCUAAUCUAAGGAGCUUGUAUAUAUAUGGUUUCUCAGGUGUAAAUCUCCCCAACUGGAUGCUGGGUUGUUCUUUAUCUAAUUGCCUUCCGAAUUUGGUGACAUUAACUUUAACAGACUGCAGCAAUUGUGAGAAGCUCCCAGCGCUCGGUAUGCUCCCAUUUCUUCAGUAUCUUAAGAUUGCGAAAAUGAAAUCAGUCAAGUGUCUGGGCGAAGAAUUUUAUCAUCAACAACAACAAGAAGAAAAAGACAGCCGUAGUAUUACUACAAAGAGAUCCCCCUCAUUGUUCCCUUCUUUAGUUGAAUUGGAUAUUAAUUUGGAAAACUUAGAAGAAUGGGUUGCUCCUCCUAUUUCUUCUUCUUUUUUCCCUUUCCUAGAGCGUGUGCAUAUCUUUUACCAUCAAAGAUUGAGAUCCACACCAAUAAUGUUGUUUUCUUCUCUUAAAGAGUUGAUAUUACUUGGUACGAGUGAAGAUGCAAUUAAUUCACUACUAAGUAGAGGAGGAGAUGGAUGUGCCACAAGCUCUCUCGCAUCCAUUUCCAUAUGGUAUUCUCCAGAUCUUAUAUAUUUACCACCACUGGGCGUACUACUCCGACACAAUACUCUUCUUCUUCGUGAAGUAGAGAUUGCGCAGUGCGCUAAUUUCCAAGGUUUUCGUGAUGAUGCUGAUGAUAUAAACAGCAACAUAAGUUCUUUUCAUUCACUGUGCUUAAGAGAUUGCCCUGUUUUAACAUCAAUACCUGAUUUACGAUUAUUGACCUCUCUCAGGAAGUUAGAAAUCAGGAGUUGUGAUAACCUGAAAAAGGAGUCGAUACCCUAUGAUCUUAACAAGUCCCUCACGUUUCUUGAAGAACUCUAUGUUGAUUUUACAGAUGAGGAACAAGUAGAUCCAAGUUGUUGUGCGAGCUGGCUUUAUUAA